CGUUGCAUAUAAAAGUAAACAAAUCUAUUUGGAAUUGUUAGUCUCUUUGCCGACUUAAAUCUGAGUAGCUAGCAGUUCAGCAGUAAAAAUUACUAAUUAUGGCAUGCACCAAAUUUUUAACCCUUAAUAAUGGAGUAAAAAUGCCCGUACUUGGUAUUGGCACCUGGCAGUCCAGCGAUGCGGAAAUCGAGAUUGCCAUCGAAGCUGCCUUGGAAGCCGGCUACCGACACAUUGAUACAGCUCCUGUCUAUCGCAAUGAGGCGGCAAUUGGCAGAGUUCUCAAGCGUUGGCUGGAUGCUGGAAAAGUAAAACGCGAGGAUCUAUUUAUUGUAACCAAACUGGCGUCAUAUGCUAAUCACCCCCAUGAAGUGGAGGGUGAAAUCAAAAAAUCGUUGGCAGAUCUACACUUGGACUAUGUGGACCUCUAUUUAAUCCAUACACCAUUUUCGUUUGUCAAAGGAGAGGAUGGCGGCGUUAAGCGUGAUAAGGAUGGCAUCGUCGAGGUGGAUGUAACUACCAACCAUGCCGCCACCUGGGUCGCAAUGGAAAAGCUGGUAGAAGCAGGCUUAACCAAAUCCAUUGGAAUAUCAAAUUUCAGCAAGGAGCAGGUGGCUCGCCUCUUGAAAAAUUGCAAAAUUCCACCAGCCACCAAUCAGAUCGAACAUCAUGUAUAUCUCCAGCAACGUGAUUUGGUUGACUUUUGUAAGGCGGAAAAUGUGGCCAUUACGGCCUACUCUCCUUUGGGUUCCAGAGGCAUAGCCAAAAUCAAUUCUCUUGUUGGUGUGCAUCGCGAUUUGCCCGAUCUUUUUGAUAUACCAGAAGUCAAGGACAUAGCUAAAGCCCACGGCAAAACUCCAGCUCAGGUUCUUUUGCGUUGGAUAAUCGACACUGGUCUCAUUGCUAUACCCAAGAGCGCUGAACCCAAACGUUUAAAGGAAAAUUUGGAUAUUUUCGAUUUCGAACUGUCUACCGAGGAGAUCGACAAACUCUUGGCUUUGGAUAAAAAUAUACGCAUUUGUGAUUUUUCCAUCUUUCAAGGUUUGGAAAAACAUCCGGAAUUCACUUUCAAAAACCAAUACACCAAAUGAGCUGUAUUUUUUAAAUUUACUUACC